AGUCUGUCCUUUUUAGCUGCACUGCUGAACCGAUGUCAUAUGUUAGAGCGAGAUGUUUAACCUUUAGCGCUAAAUAGCGUUAAUAACGUCUCCUCUGUAUUCUGAGUAAUUUGUGUAACAAAUCGCGAAUCGUAAGGACCAAAAUCGCUCGUCAAAAUGUCAGCGAUGUUAACCGCCGAUUGGUUUCCUCUGGGACGCGAUAUAUAUUUUCGCAAAUUUGAGCUGUAUCCGCUAUCCUUUCAGCACGAGAUUUCCAACAAUAAUUGGCUCGUGGCAGCACCUUUUGGGGGUUCUAUUGCUGUUACAAGAAAUCCCAAGAAGUUUGUCAAAGUUCAAGGAGCUACUAAGCCUGUAAUAUUGCUGUAUACGUCAUCAGGAAAGUUGACAGCCAAGCUGCAAUGGAGCAGCGGACAACUGAUAGCACUGGGUUGGUCCCAGCAAGAAGAAUUGUUGUGCAUACAAGAUGACGGCAACGUUCUCAUAUACGACAUGUUUGGAACUUAUCAACAUACCUUUAGCAUGGGAGAUGCAGCCAAAGAUACCAAGGUUAUCGAUGCAAAGUUCUUCACAACUUCAAACAGCACAGGAAUAGCUGUUUUGACAGCCACCAAUCGUAUUUAUUUAGUGAACAAUGUGUCCGACCCUAAAGUCCGACCAAUUACAGACAUGCCUAGAUACGGCGGUCCGAUUGAUUGUUGGUGCAUGAUACAUUGCGACAGGGAGACACAAGUGAUUCUAUCAAAUAGAGAGGGGAUAUUUGUGAUUCACCAGUCUCAUCAAAAUUCAUUUCCAUUCAGUAACCUUUUCAACAAUAAGAUCAACAAUGUACUGGCGAUAACCGUGUCUGGCAAUAAUCGACACAUCGCGCUCUACGCAGAUACUGGACAUUUGUACAUCGGCUCGAUAGACUUCCGAGAGAAGUAUUGCGAAUGUUUUACGAACGUGGACGAAGUCUUAACUAAUAUAGCCUGGUGCGGCACGGAAGCCGUGGUGUGCAGCUGGAGCACCACGAUAAUGGUGGUGGGUCGCACAGCCGAGACCAUAGUGUACAGUUACGACGGUCCGGUGCACCUGGUGACGGAAAUUGACGGAGUACGGGUGCUGUCGGCCUCCUCCCACGAGAUGGUGCAAAAAGUGCCGAAUGUCGUACAGAAGAUAUUUCGGAUCAACUCGAUGGAUCCUGCCUCUUAUCUCUUGGAAGCCUCUAAGCAGUUUCAGAGGAAAAGCCACAAGGCCGACAGCUAUAUCGAUUUGGUGAAGGAUAAGCUGGACGCAGCGGUGAAAGCGUGUAUCGACGGGGCCAGUCACGAAUUCGACUUCGACACGCAGAAGCUCCUGAUGCGGGCUGCCAAGUUCGGGAAAGGAUUCAGUAAAUCGACGGACUCGGAGUAUUACGUGCAAAUGUGCAGGACUUUGAGAGUUCUGAACGCAGUGAGGCAUCCUGCUGUAGGGAUUCCACUGACGUACACGCAAUAUAACGUUCUGACGAAUCAAGUGCUAUUGGACAGGCUAGUAGCGCGUAGACAUUAUUAUUUAAGUAUACAGAUAGCACGGCAUCUACAGUUACCCGAGAUCGAUGGAGAAAGUAGAAUAUUGGCACACUGGGCUUGCUAUAAGGUAAAACAGACGCAAUUAGACAAGGAACAAUUGGCAGAGGAGAUAGCCGAUAAGCUAGGAUAUGCUCCCGGCGUUUCGUAUAGCGAAAUUGCGAAAAGGGCGGCCGAUUGCGGUCAGAAACAGCUGGCCAUCAAGUUGAUCGACUACGAACCACGCGCGCAUCAGCAAAUACCACUGUUGAUGACGCUUGGCGAAGAGCGAACUGCCCUACAUAAAGCGGUGGAAAGUGGCAACACGGACUUGGUUUACACCGUCAUUCUUCGUCUUCGGGAAAGCACAACUCUCUGGGAUUUUCAAAUGGCUAUAGCACAUUGUCCACUGGCUAUGGCUCUGUAUAUUAAAUAUUGCCAGAGCCACAAUAGAGAGACACUGCGAGACAUUUACAAUCAAUACGACGACUUUCAUUCCCAAGCGGUAUGGUUCAUCACUGAGAGUUAUCAACGGAAAAACACGAUGUCGAGGGAUGCGUUGCUGCAGUCCGCGCAAGAAAACUUCAAGUCGGCUCAUAGUGACAUUAACGCGGCACUGACCGAAGAACAGAUAAAGUUAUUAAAAUAUCAAAGGUCUUUGGGAAAAACGUUGCACGAGUCAAUCGUGGGUAAACCUCUACACGAUACUGUGAAGCUGUUGUUACUACGUAAUGAGUUGAAAUUAGCAGACAAAUUGCGAUCGGAGUAUAAAAUACCGGAUCGAAGGUAUUGGUGGUUGAGAAUACAGUGUCUGGCGGAACAAGGUAUGUGGAGCGAUUUAGAGAAAUUCUCUAAAAGCAAAAAGUCUCCCAUUGGUUAUGAGCCAUUUAUAGACGAAUGCCUGAAAUACAACGAAAAGUUAGAAGCGAGGAAAUACUUAACUAGGGUUAAGGACGAUCUUAAAGUGAAGUACCUGGUGAAGUUGAACAUCUUGAACGAAGCGGCCCAAACGGCUUUCGAACAAAAAGACACUUCGGCUCUUACAUUUGUAUUGGCGCAAUGUGGAUCCUCGGAUAAGCAAUUGAUAGACAAGAUCAAUAUGUUCCUAGCUAGCCUCAAGAAUUAAAAUUAAAAUAAAUAAUAAUUUGCAUUUAUACAAAACACUUAUAUAAGAUUAGUGACAUAAACCGUUGAGUAAACAUAAUCUUUCCGCAUUCAAAGAAUUUUAUAAGUCGGUGAACAUUCGUGAGGACGUUAUUCGCGUAAAACCAAUAAAACUGCAAGUACUCUCCUCGAUAAGUAAUCUAUUGUGUAUUUGGCUUCUUAAUCAUUGGCAAAUCGAUAAAUCUAUGUGUGUGUGUGUGUGUGUGUGUGUGUGUGUGUGUGUGUGUGUGUGUGUGUUAUAAUCUGUAUAAAAAAUGUAAAUGUAAAACAUCAGUUGUGUAAUAAAAUAGUAUCAUUAAAUCCCAUACAUCUGC